UACUGUGCUUCUACCUGCAUGUUUGUGGACAAAAUGGACAUCUCGUUUUGACAUACAAUACAUUUUUCUUCUCUCGAAUCUGGAUUAAAAAAAAAAAAAGAUACAGCUUUCCAUUGUUGUAUUCCAGUCAAAGGUCCCAUCCUGCGGACAUCAACGCAGCUAUCACUGCGGGUAGCCUGUGGGGUUUGUGCUCCUGCCAUCCUCUCACAAAGGUCCCUGGGGGUGUAGUCAGCCACUAACAGAAAGGUUGGUGGUUUGAAUCCACCCAGUGGCACUAUGGCAAUCGGAUUCCAUAAAGAUUACGGCCAGGAAAACCCCAUGAGCUCAGUUCUACUCUGUUAACACAUGGGGUUGCCAUGAGUUGGAACUGUACUUGAUGGCUGCAGGUUUGGGUUAGUUUAUUUUUUGAAUCCUCACAUAUAUGCCAUCUGACAUACAUGCUACCCCUGGAGCAUACUCAGAUCUCCCUGUAGCAAUAAAACCAAACCAAGCCCACCGCAGUCACGUUGAUGCUGAUUCAGCAACCCUGUAGGAUAGAAUAGAAUUGUCCCUUAGGGUUUCCAAGGCUGUAAAUCUUGAUGGAACCAGACUGCCACAUCUUUCUCCCUUGGAUCGACUGGGGGGUUUGAAGAGCCUACCUUCCCAUUUGCAGCUGAGGGCUUAACUGCUGCACCACCAGCGCCCCUUCCUGUAGCAAUAAGUGAGUAUAUAUACAUAUAUAUGUAUGUGUGUGUACAUAUAUAUUUAUGUAGGUAGAUAGGUAUGUAUCCCAGAAGUAUGUAGUGGGUUGGUACAGCACAGGGAAUAUAUAAUACAAAUACACUUAUCUAGACUUUGCAUACUAGUCACAUACUAACUAUGGGACCUUGGGCAAGCUCCUUAACUUCUCAGCUUUUUUCUUCCAUUAAAAAAAGUAGGCAUGGGAUGACGUGAGGCAACAUAGUACCCUCUGCUCCGAUGAGCACGUACAGGGUGAGACAAAGAAGGCAGGUUGAGUUCAGGCUGGGCAGCCCACUAGGUGAACGGUGGCCAGUGAGUGCCUGUCUCUUUAAAGGGUCAGCCAGACCAUUGGGCAGGCUUCCUGGGAAAGAUGACCUGCUUUGAAAUUCUAUCUUGGGCAGAGCCUUGGUUGCUUCUCUGUUUCUGUGCCUCUGACUUCCUUGCUUACAGCUGGCAGGGACAGCUUCUCUGGGAGCUCAAGGCGCGUGACUAAGGAAGGAUGAGCAGCGCUCCUUGUUAAAGUAGGUGGGUUGGUUGCGAGGCAGGCAAAAAAAAAAGCCUCAUUGCCAUUGAGUGGAUUUGUGGAGGGAGUCUGAGUUGGGAAUCAUGGAUCUAGUUCUGUAUUUUCAUUUACUGUGCAACCCACAUGGGAUAGAGUCAUAAUCCUAAUAGACAUAGAUUCAAGUUUUGGUUCUGCCACUUACUACCUGUGGGAUCACGUUACCUCUCUGAAUCUCCAUCCACUUCUUUCAGAUUUAGAAGGACGAUAAUAUUAAUUUUGGAAAAUUGUUGUAAUGGCUAAGUAGCAUACAUGGGAAGUGCCAGCUCUAGAGCUAUAUACUUGUUAGGUGCCAUCCAGUCGUUUCCGACUCACAGCAACCCUGUGUACAACAGACAAAACACCGCCUGGUCCUGCAGCAUCCUCACAGCCAUUGUUAUGCUUGAGCCCAUUGUUGCGGCCACUGUGUCUAUCCAUCUUGUUGAGGGUCUUCCUCUUUUUCACUGACCCUCUAGCAAGCGUGACGUCCUUCUCCAGGGACUGGUCCCUGCACAUAACAUGCCCAAAGUAUGUGAGAUAAAGCUUUGCCAUCCUUGCUUCUAAGGAGCAUUCUGGCUGUACUUCUUCCAAGUACAGAAGAAGUGUACUACUUCUGCAUACUGGUGGUGUAGUGGUUAAGAGCUACAGCUGCUAACCAUAAAGGUUGGUUGCUUGAAUCCACCAGGCAGUCCUUGGAAACCCUAUGGGGCAGUUCUUCUCUGUCCUACAGGGUUGCUAUGAGUCAUGUACUUAGUAGGUGCUUGAUAUGUGGUAAACCAAAGAAAAACCUGUUGCCAUUGAAUUGAUUCAUACUCAUAACGACUCUAUAGGAUAGACUAGAAGUGCGCCAUAGGGUUUCCAAGGCUGUAAUCUUUGUGGAAGUAGACUGCCACAUCUUUCUCCCAUGGCGUGGCUGGUGGAUUUGAACCAAUGACAUUUAGGUUAGCAACAGAGCUCUUAACCACUGUGCUACUGGGGCUCCUUUAAUAAGUGGUAGUUAUUAUAAUUUAGAAAUAGGGGGUGGGUGGGGUGAUGGUCUGGGCAACCUAGUACCAUUGUAUUGACUAUUACUAGAUCCAGAUGUAAGGAGCCCUGGUGGCACAGUGGUUAAGUGCUAUCUGAAAUGUUGGCUGCUCGAACCCACCAGCCACUCUGUGGGAGGAAAGACCUGGCGCUAUGCUUCCAUAAAGAUUAUAGCCUGGAAAACCCUAUGGGACAGUUGAACUCUGUCACCUGAGUUGGAACUGACUCGUGGGCACCUAACACCAGCAACACAACAGAUCCAGAUAUAAACAGGGGACAGUCAGCCUAGAAUCGAAACAGCCACUUUGCAUAGCUACUUUUGUUCAGUGGGUGUUACAUAAAUGCCUAAUGAUAUUCCCGAUGUGACUCAACAAAGGCUUUCAAGGGGUUUUCCAGUUUUCACUGUUUGGAUAUUUUCCGAUGGAAGCCCCAUAUUUUUCUAACUAGAUGUGUCCUCCUACCUCAGACAGCCUCUGACCCUCCCACAGGGGGCUCUGGACAGUGUCCAGUCUAAAGCGUUGUGAUAAAUUCUUUGUUCAUUUUUCCUUUGUCCCUCCCUGCCUGCCUCUCUUGUCCCGAAGUCUUAUCCUCCUGGGAGGUAUGUUAAGUGCUCUGCCAGCCUGCCUGUGUGCCUGGCCUGUUUUUUCUCACUGCCAGUACCUCUUGGAUUCCAAUUCCAAACAUGGUAUCCGUCUGGGGUCACCCUUCCUUCCGGUGCCAAGAGAGAAGCAUUCCAAAUAGAACACAAGUGUGCCUCCUGCGCCAGGCUCUCUUCAUUCGGCUUGGGGACAACAGAGAGCAGGAUGUGGUCACUUCAACCCAUACUCCACUGAAGUUUUCAGUCCCCCAGUCUACCUUUUCUUGAGAAAAUUUAGUUUUUCUACUAACAGCCAAGUGUGAAGACGGCCCUAAGGUAAGUGGAGCCAAGAAAGCCCACCAGAGCUCUGUGGGGGAGAAUCAGAGCUUUGCUGAGGGAGGAAGAGAGAGAGAGAGAGAAACUUUUCAAUUCUCCAUGAAGUGUACCAUGUUUUGCCAUUCACUCCCAAAGCCGCUAGCACCAUUCCCCCCAGGACUGGAGGAGCUGGUAAUGGGAAGCCGGAGGUGAGAAGACACCAAAGAGGACCGAUAACUCAUUUUCUGAGUAUCCCACGUGGAGGCAGUUUUAGAACUCAGCCAGGCUUUGAGACAUCCUGAAGAUGAGCACCAACAGCAGCACGGUGGGCCAACUCGUCUGGCAGAGACCGGUGUGCAUUGGCUGGAGGCAGGAUCUGGAAGGGGCUCUCUACCACCUGGCUAACUGCAUCUUGCUCCUGGGCUUCAUGGGGGGCAGCGGGGUAUAUGGACGCUUCUACCUGUUUGGCUUCCUGGGUACGGGCUACUUGUGCUGUGUGCUGUGGGGCUGGUUCAAUGCCUGCAGCCUAGACAUCAUCCUCUGGAGCUCCCUGCUGGCAGUGGCCUGUCUGCUGCAGCUGGCACGCCUGGUAUACCGCCUCCGGGAGGACACCCUCCCCAAUGAGUUCGACCUCCUUUACAAGACUCUGUACCUGCCCCUGCAGGUGCCCCUACAGGCAUACAAGGAGAUUGUUCACUGCUGCCAGGAGCAGGUCUUGGCUCUGGCCACUGAGCAGACCUAUGCUGUGGAGGGCGAGACACCUAUCGACCGCCUGUCCUUGCUGCUCGCUGGCCGGGUUCGUGUGAGCCAGGAUGGGCAGUUUCUGCACUACGUCUUUCCAUACCAGUUCAUGGACUCUCCUGAGUGGGAAUCACUGCAGCCAUCCGAGGAGGGGGUGUUCCAGGUCACUCUGACUGCUGAGACCACAUGUAGCUACAUUUCCUGGCCCCGGAAAAGUCUCCACGUUCUUCUGGCCAAAGAUCGAUACAUCUCCCACCUCUUCUCGGCCUUGCUGGGCUAUGACAUCUCAGAGAAGCUCUACGCUCUCAACGACAAAUUCUUUGCCAAGUUUGGGCUCCGCAUUGAUAUUCGCCUCCCCAGCCUCUACCGUGUCCUAGGUUCUGCUGCCCCGGAUGCAGGGCCAGAGUCCAAGAAGAAUGAUGAGGAAGUCCAUGAGCCAGCAGUGUCCUCUCCUCAGGCCCUGCCCACAUCUGCCCAGAAGACACCUCCUUGUCCUCCCCCGCCAACUGCCACCAACCCUCCUGUACCUCCUCCCCGGGCCAGGAUGUCCAGGCCCGACAGUGGCGUCCUGGGUGAGGACUCCACCAGUCUGGCGCUGGAGGAUUUUGAGGAGGUGUCGGGAUCAGAAUCAUUUAUGGAUUAUAGGAGUGAUGGGGAGUACAUGAGGUGAGGGGAGAGCUAACAUGGGCACAGCCGCCGAGCUCAGGAUCCUGUCUCCUAAAACUCCUCUCCAGAGCUACUCUCAAGUGAUGUCCAAGGGACAGCCCCCUUUGGCUCCAACCCGCACUCCUGAACUUUAAGGACGGCCGGACGAUCCUUUCUCUGCGGCCGGCCUAGCGGUCUGCCCACGUUAAUAGUCACAGGAAGGUCACUGGCAGGCACACCCAUCUUCUCACCCACUGAAAGAUACCCAGGCACGGCUGGAGGGAACACAGAAGACACCAGCACCGCAGCUACACCACAGGGCCCUGAACGACUUUUAAAAAUCCACCCUCACAAACCUGUCUGCCUUCGGGAGAAUGCAGCUGAAAGCGCUAAGUACAGCUUCCAUCCUUUACUGGCUGCGUGAUCGUGGACAAGUUCCAGAGCUUCUCUGAACCUCAUCUGUGAAGUGGGAACCCUAAAACCCCCCUCACAGGGUUGCUGUGAGGAUGAAAUCCGUCGAUUUAGGUAAAGCACCUUGCACAUGGUUUGGCACCUAGUAAGCACUCAAUAAACCACUCCGUUUCCUUGCCCCACGUUGUCUCAUUGACAUAUCAGAAAGAAGCAGUGAAGUCAGCGGCCCAAGAAGUUCUCACUGGGGGUUCUUUUUUAAUUUUUUUUAAUCAAAAUUUAACUAGUCAGAAUCCACUCAACGGCAACAGGUUUGGUUUUUUGGUUAAUAGAAAUUUUAAUGGUUUUCUCUUAAGCUUUUAAGUUCAACUUAUAAAUCCCUUGUUCUAUUUAUGACUCUAGUGCUGAAUAGUUUUUAGGGGCUGUUUUUAUAGACUUAGUUAAUUAAAUUUUCUUGAACAUUUUCAAAUGGAUUUAUACAUUUAAUAUAUUCUAUGUUUUUCUCCCUACAUGCUUCAAAAUAUGUCCUGGUUAUCUAUUAUUGCAUAAUAAAAUAAUACCCGCCUCAAAACAGUGACUUGACAGUCACAAUGAUGUAUUUCGCUCAUGUAUGUGGAGGCUGGAAACCCUGGUGGUGUAUUGGUUAAGUGCUAGGCCUGCUAACCAAAGGGUUGGCAGUUCGAAUCCGCCGGGCACUCCUUGGAAACUCUAUGGGGCAGUUCUACUCUGUUCUAUAGGGUCGCUAUGUUUUGUUUUGUUUUUUUUUGAUAUGGAGAUUGACUGGGCUCAGCUCACUCAGAGUUUCUCAUGCUGUUGCAGUCUGAUAGUGGCUGAGACUUUUCUCAUACAUGUCUUCUCAGCUGAAGACUCGAACAGCUGAGGACUGGAACAGCUGGGGAUCCUUGGGCAUCUCUCGUUCUCUCUUUCUGGCUAGCCUUCUCACAUGGCAGCUUCAAACUAGCUAGAAUUCGUGGCUGAAGUUCCCUGAAAUGGAUGUCUCAAGAGAGAUGGACCGAAGCUACAUGGCCUUUUCUAACCUCGCCUCAGAAGUCACACAGCCUCACUUCUACCACAUUCUAUUUGUUAAGACAACCACAAAGGCCCAUCCAGUUCUAAGGGGAGGGAACUGUCUUGGCUAUCUAGUGCUGCUAUAUCAGAAAUACCACAAGUGGUAUUUUAUUAGGAUGAGUUUAACAAGCAGAAAUUUAUUUUCUCACAGUUUGGGAGGCUUGAAGUCCAAAUUCAGGGUGACAGCUCUAAGGCAAGCCUUUCUCUCUCUGUCAGCACUGGGGAAACAUCCUUGCCUCUUCUGAGCUUCUGCUCCUGGACAAUCUUCAUGUGGCUUGGUAUCUCUCUUCCCUCAUCUCUGCUUCUGAGCACGCUUGUUUAAUCUCUUGUAUAACCAAAAGAGAUUGACUCAAAAUACACCCUACACUAAUC